AUGCCAAUGGCUUAUCGUCCCUUGGAGCUCAACAUACUCUACGCAAAAAACCUUAAAAAUGUCAAUCUCAUUUCCAGGAUGGACUUGUACGUCGUCGUUUCACUCGUUGGCGAUCACUCAAAGAAGAAACAGAAGAUCAAGUCCCGUGUGGAUUAUAAUUGUGGGCCGAACCCCACCUGGAACUUCCCCGUGAAGUUCACCGUUGACGAGUUAUUGGGCCAGCAGAACCGCCUGAGCCUCCAGUUCAAGAUCAAGUGUACCGGUUUCCUCCGGGUUAAAAAGGUGGGGAAAGUCAACGUUCCGGUCAAGGACCUCUUGGACAUCCCCGGAGAUGUUAAAAUUUUCACAUCUCAGACUUAUCAAGUGAUGAAACCCUCUGGAAAACCGAAGGGUGAAUUAACCUUUUCGUUCAAGUUCGGUGAUAUAAUCUCGGCACCGGCUGCUGGAGCCGCCACCGUCUCCAUGAACGUGAAUGCAGGUGAGCCGUAUGGGUCUUAUGAUAAAGGAAAAGUAAAUACUGAUGAGCCUGUUAUGGCAUACCCGGCGGUGAUGGGAUCCAGUUCGGCCCCUUACGGUGUACAUGGGCCGUACCCACCACCGCCUGGCAAAGCGACAACAGCUGCUCCGCCUCAGGGUUAUGGUUAUCCUUAUGCACCGCCUCCUCCUCCGCAGGGGUACGGUUAUGGGUAUCCGGGUCAGGGUGGAUACGGGUAUCCGCCAGUGCAACAACCGCCUAAGAAGAGCAAGUUUGGAGGAGGAAUGGGAGCUGGGUUGAUCGGAGGAAUGCUUGGUGGUAUGAUUCUAGGAGACAUUGUUUCCGAUGCAGCAGAUGACUGUUAUUAUGAUGAUUAUGAUGGUGGCUUUGAUUAUUGAAUUUGUUCGGUAAUUUAACUGUUUUAAUUGGAUUUUUUUUCUUUUAAUUUUCUUUAAAGUAUCGGAUGGGAUGGAAGGCAAUGGAAUAAAUAGAGACCCACCGGAUCAUCGGAUCGGGUAUAUCUUUAAUUUUUAUUUAAA